ACAGUCACGACAAAAAUUCGUUCAGGGCUGAAACAGUUCAUUUGACAAAAAGCAUUCAUCUUGAUUGCAUCUUGGAAGUUUGAUUUGGAAUAUUUUGUUCGUGGGACUACACCGUUAGAAACGUGACAACUAGGCCAGCCAGCACAAAGAAGAAGCGUGAAGAAGCGUGAGGGCAAGAGCACAUUUUAUACUGAUUCGUACAUAAUUUUUUUAAGAUUCUGGAAGUUGAAAACACAGCGUUUGUAGAAUACAUACAGCAAUAUGGGUUCAAUCAUUGAAUUUGACACAGGCUACCUCAACACUACAGCAGGCAAAUAUAAAAUCAGUUGUUUGACACUCGGUGCAAUUGGGCUAGUGGCUUGUAGUAUUGCAAGAGUCGGCGGAAGACAGUAUGUCUCAUUGGCAUCGUUCGCAUUUCUGGUGACUGCCAUUCUUUUGCUCAUUCUCAUCUGUAAAGCGAGCUUACGUCAAUCGUCUCUGUGGCUGAAGGUUGAAGUGGUUGUAUGCGUCAUCCUAACAAUUUGCUAUAUCGUUGCCAGUAUUGACAUAUUCCGAGUUUGCUGGUACUAUUUGUUCGAUCGCUUUGAUUUGGGACCAUUUAUUGGAUCACUCAUUGCAACCAUUUGCAGCAUAUUCGCAACCUUAACUUACGCAAGUGACACCGCAUUAAAGUGCCGUGAAUCGAGCGGCUCGGGCAGUACAUCCAACGUUUAAUUAAUAUACACGAAGAAACACCCUCCUAAACAGUCAUUCGUUUUUCUUUAUGCGUGUGUUGUUGUUUUCUUCUUCUUCUAUUUGAGUAAAUUUUCGUUAUUCUCUUUUCAAAAACCAAAAAAAAAAAAACAUUUAAAUGAAAACGUACCGAAGAAAAACGUUUCGAUCGAUCCGCAAUGUGCAAGUAAUCAAGCCAAAAGAAACGCAAAAAAAAAAUUAAGUAAGUUGAACAAGAAAAAAAACACACACACACACCUAAACCAAACAAGUGUUGUUGUGAAGAAGGGAAAGGGCGAACAAAUGGCAACUUAAAUUGAAAUGAAUACUCACCGGUGUUGCGUGUUAAAAGGAAUAAAUAUGCAAAUAUCGUCACCGAACAAUAGAAUCCGUAUAAUUGUGUUUUUGUUAAAUGCUUCUUUUUUUUAAGAUGGAGCGCAAGUGAGCGAACGAGUGAGUGCGAUGGAGUGUACCAGGGCCUACUACUGUUCUCUGGCCACUGUGUUACGCGCACACUCAUCGCUUUCAACGCGAGAAACUCUUUGCGAACGAAAUUUUAUUAAGCAAUUAAUUAACGCUAUAUAUACCUUUAAUCGGUGUAUAUACUAUACACCAUCAUUAUGAAUAGUCAACGAAAUUUGCAUAAAGUAGUAAUAUUGUGCAAUAGCCAUAGUCAUACACACAAGUGCCUUCAUCUUAAAAUUUUUCUUUUUUCUCCUUUGUUUGUUUGUUUAAAUGAACGAAGAGAAGAAGCAAACAAUUUUCGUGCUAUCGUCAACCGAAAGUCAUUAAAUUAGGUUCGAAUCCAGAUUGUUUUAUUUGUUCGCCUACUUUAUUUUUCUUCUUCUUCUUCUUCGUCUCUAUUCUCUAAUUCUAUUAUUGUAAAUUCUUUUCUAUUUCGGAUCGUGUUUCUUUUUAAAUAAAUAUUAAAUAUUCAAUGUAAAUCGUUCAUAAAUGGCAAAAUCAAUGUUCAUGUGUUUUUUUUCUAUUUUUUCUAUUCAUUAUUUUGUUUUUGUAUGUUUUAUUUUCCCAUUGUACGAAAUUUGCAAUAAAUAUUGAGAUUAUACGGA